GCGCGCGCCUGAAUGUACGCACGCGUGCGCGCGUGGAGCAGCUUCAGUUUGGCUCGUGCACUUGGACUUGAGGCGCCAUUUCUGACUUUUUACAGCUUCAGAGUUUUUAAAUAAAAAGUGAUUAAAACUAUGAGGACAUCUAUUUAUUCUCCUUUGUGCUAGAGGAUGUACUGAGAUCUCUACAUCGGACACACACACACACACACACACACACACAGGGGCUCGGAGUGUUGACAUUACGGACUUUCAGAUGUGUUCACUUCGAUUCAGAGAACUUUACUUUCCCUUAUUGAGCGACUAUGGAGCCGAGAGCUCAGGACAGCGGCAGUGGCCUUCUCUCCCUGCAAAAGAUCCAAGCUGUCCACUCCUGCAAUGAGUACACUGAGAGUCCUUCCACCUGGCCCCACACACAGAUCUCUGACUCUGCCCCUGAUGAAGGUCCUGUGCCAGGUAGAGACGAUCACACUCAGGAUUCUUCACAUUCGCUUCAAAGUGCUCAGAGGUCUACUGACACCGGGCAACCUUCAGAGCAAGAGACUGUGGGACACAAAGGUGAAACUGUAGAAAAGGAACAGCCAGAGAAUGACAAAGAGGAAGUGCAGAAGGGAAUCUGUGUGAUAUCCACUCAGGAGAUAAGCCUUCUGGGAAAUUUGGGCAAAAAUUUGACAACGGUAAAGGAACAACCGAGGAGCUUCGGACCGAAAAAGGAGGCGUUGGAGGUGGGUGAAAGUUUUAUCUUAGAGCAGUGGAGUCUGGAAAGUGUAGGCAAACUAGAUGUGGCAAUACAGGAGCAGCCCAAGAGCUGCAACUCAAAACACGAAGAGAUGAAUCUGCUAGGAAAUGCUUCCACGGAUCAAAAGAAUUUAAAAUUGGAAUCAAAACAGGAAACAACAAAGAAACUCAACAGGAAGCACCCAAGCCCAUGUGAUCACUGCAGCCGCUGCAAGUGCAGGGAUUGUGCCGCUGAGACACCCCUUCCGGCCUGCUGGCUGUGUGGGCGUCGAUGCCUGUGCUCGGCAGAGGCCCUGGUGGAGUAUACUACUUGUGUUUGCUGCCUCAAAGCACUGCUCUACCACUGUUCCAACGAUGAUGAGGAUUCCAAUGCAGAUGCUCCGUUUUCCUGCCGUGAGUCCGGGAGGUGUACACGAUGGAGUUCGGCGGUAGCUAUGGCAUUCUUCCUGCCCUGCAUGCUGUGUUACGCCCCUGCCCGAGGCUGCCUGGCACUCUGUCAACUCUGCUAUGCCCAUACCCACCGGACUGGCUGCAGGUGCACAAGUCAACCUGUGAACCAUGUUUUAUGAUUUGUUUUCUUUCUUUAGGCACUGAUGUUUGUUUCUACUGUGUUUGUUGCUUGUGUGUUCUUUUUUUAAUAAUAGGAUGUGGCAAGCAAUGACUAGUAGUUUUUAUUCAGACUCAUUGUUUUUAGUUCUAACUUAUUAUUUUUAUCAUUCAGUUUUUCAAAUUUUGAGGUUGUGACUAUCAACAUUUUACUUUCAACACUGUAGUCCAGGAAAUGUGGCAAAGUGGGAAAUGGACUGGUUCUAUAUUUUUGUUUGCAUUGUUGUGGGAUUUUAACAGGCAGAAACAUGUUUGUUUCUUAAAUGUAUGUUGUUGUCAUGUUCAUUUGUUAGACACAUGUAGUACAGAUGUAGUUUUAACACUGUAGAUGAAAAAAAAAACAGAAGAAAGCAGUGAUUUCACUUAGAAAUUUCCUUUGACUAAUGACAAUGAAUAUGAUUAUUUUUAACUCAGGAAUUAGAUUUUUUAUUUUUUUUUGCUAAGUCAGAAUUGCCACCUUUAUUAAUAUAUAUUGAUAUAACCUAUAAUAACACUUAUUACACUUUUUAAAGUAGUAAUUUGAUGAGUUCCUCAAAGGUGGUUUUAUUUUUAUACAUUUGAGUUGUUAAAAAGUGUCAUGUCCUACCUGCAGACCUCAACAGAUCUUUAUAUAUAUAAACAUGUAUGGUGCAUUUAUUAGUGCUGUACAUGCAUUUCAAACAUGUUUGCUUUAAAUGGUUUGAAUUAUCCUUGGAGCAAUACUUGUAAAAUUGUACAGUGAAAAAAUUAUGAUGUCAUUUUUAAUUUUCUUGGUAUAAAGGAUAUUUAUUUUAAAUUUUUAUUACACAAGCAAAUAUUUAUUUUUCCAACGGCACCUAACAUGCUAACACUGGGAAGUAUAAAUGCUGUAAAUAAUGCAAAUAAGACUGCCAUGUGUGACGCUUAUAUUCAUUAUGAGGUAGAAAAUAUAUUAAUGCUGUUGAAAUUAAACAAGGUAUUGUGGAGUA